CUCAGCUCCUUGAGUAUCCCAAUCUUUCCUUUCCUUCACCUUGAGCGCGACAGACACCUUCGAACCAGACAACAUGCUCCGACACGUCCGACGUCUGGCGACCUCAGCCACCGGCGCGCUCCCAGACCUAGUCGGCACCGCACCCUCGCACCGGUCCUACAUCUUCCUGCACACACCACAGCCACCGUCAGAGUACCCGGCCAGGUACGCGACGCCGCUGCAGCGCGCGCUGCUCCUGCGCACCGUGAAGUGGGGCGGGUCCGUCAACUUCUCGUGGUCCCCUGAGCAGCCUGCGUAUCCUAUUGCGGCUUCAGGAGACCAAGCUUACCAUCUUACGGCGUUCUCAAGGAACGGGCGACUGGCGCUCGAGGGCGUGCGGAUGGAGAAUGUGGAGGAGGUUGCGAAGAGGUUGCAGGAGCAUGCUGAGGGCGGUGCGAUCGCUGUGAAGAAGGAUGAGGACGUGCACCUGUACGUGUGCACGCAUGGCUCGAGGGAUUGUCGGUGUGGAGAUACUGGCGGGGCGGUUGUGCGGGCUCUACAGGAAGAGCUGAAGAGACGGAACGCGCAGGAUCCCAAUGGUCCUAGCAGUCGCGUGAAGGUUGCGGAGACAGCCCAUGUCGGUGGCCACAAAUACGCAGCAAACAUCCUCGUAUAUCCUCAUGGCGAAUGGCUUGGAUAUGUGGAGCCGGAGGAUGUUCCUGCUGUGCUUGACGCCGUCUUCAAGCGCCCAACGCGACCUGCGAGCGCGUCAGAUCCACCUCUCUGCCCUCCUCAUUGGAGAGGUCGGAUGGGUCUGGCAAAAGACGAACAGAUUGAGCUCUUCCAAGCUACCGCCCAAGCUGCAUGAGCGUUCGAACUGCUGACCC